UUUCCCCCAGACCGCUACGAGGCCCAGGCGGGUCGCUAUUGGGACCUAUUUUACCGCCGUAACAGCACCAAGUUCUUCAAAGACCGACACUACCUGCAUAAAGAGUUCCCCGAUCUGGUUGCGGGCCCAGCCACCCUUCUGGAGGUGGGAUGUGGAGUCGGGAACACCGUGUUCCCCUUGCGCGAGAUCAACCCCGCGCUAAAAAUCUACUGCUGUGAUUUCGCACCCAGCGCAAUCGAGCUUGUACAGCAAAAUCCGCAGUACAGUACGGCAGGCGGGGCUGUGGAGGCCUUUGUGGCGGACCUGACCAGCGACCUCCUGGCGGGGUCGCGGUCCGCGGGCGGCUGUGGAGUUCCGGAGGGCGGGUGCGACCUGGCCACCAUGAUCUUCGUACUGUCCGCCAUCCACCCGCGGAGGAUGGAGGCGGCGGUUCACAACGUGGCCCGGUGUCUCAAGCCCGGCACCGGUCGACUGCUGUUCAGGGACUAUGCGGAGGGGGACCUGGCGCAGCGUCUGGCGGGUUGUGAGCGGCCCAAGCGGUUGGAACCCAACUUCUACGUGCGUGGAGACGGCACCCGCUGCUACUACUUCUCACAG